AUGGCGUCCAAACAAGCUGCUUCGUCCUUACAACAAUGUCUCCGCACAUUCUGGGCUUCUAGGAGAGCUACCUGCUCUUACAGAACUGUCCGUAGAAGCCCGCAACACAGUCGUCUUGCCUCGACACAGUCUCAAUCAUUCUUCUACAGGUCUGGGGCCUGCGCCCUCUGGAUGCCCCGCCUCCGACAACCAACAAGGCACUUUACCACCACUUUAGUCGCUCGCAAAGACGAAAGCUCUUCCCCUUCCUCCUCGUCCACUUCUGCCCCAGAACCGCAGUCAAGGCUCUACACCUUCACAGACAUGCAGUUCGUCGCAUCCAGCCCGGACCCAAACCGCAUCAUCAUCGAUGUCCGCGAACCUUCCGAGUUAAAGUCCACGGGCAAAAUCCCUGGCUCACGCAACCUCCCUAUCAAAUCCGCGGCUGACGGCUUCUUUCUGGGACCCGAGGAGUUCGAAGAGAGAUUCGGGUGGGAGAAACCCUCGCAGGAUGACGAGGUCAUAUUCUAUUGCAAGGCCGGCGUGAGGAGUCAAGCGGCGGCGAGGUUAGCAGGACAAGCCGACUUUGGCGGUAAGAUUGGCGAGUUUCCGGGAAGUUGGUCUGAAUGGGCUGAGAAGGGUGGGGAGGUGGAAAGCGUGGAUUGA